AUGGCUGAGCUUUCUGUCAGCCUCCUGAGCUUGAGAAUAUUUGUUUCUUGCAUAGGACUUAUGGGUAACACGUUUCUCAUUGUUUCCAUCAUGAAGAUCAAGUUCUUCCAAAUUAAAUCUUUUGAGUUGUUUCUGCUCGGACUUGCUGCAGCCAACUUGGAGGAGAUCGUCAUCAUAAAUAUCUAUGAUUUAAUCAACCUUUGGACUUCCUCCACCACUGGCACUUGGUCAUGUUAUUUACUGCAGUUCUUUACUGUCACUGGUGAAAUUAACAGCAUCCUCUUCACCGUCCUCAUCUGUAUCUUCCGCUACCAGAAGCUGAGAGAUGUCAAUAAGAGGGUCAACUUCCCACUUUUCCUGGACAGCGUCAGAUCUGCCUGGAUGGUGAGCGGCAUUUGUGUGAUGCUCUCCAUGCUGUUCAGUGUUCCCAUGUUUGUCAUGAACCAGGAGCACAAAGUGGAAAAUAUCACAGGAAACAGCAACAUCUGCCCUCCAGACUUCUUUCGCUGCACUGAAAAUCACUGUCCAAUGUUCCACCGCAUAUACAAAUACCUGUUCAUCGUCUUGUGUCACCUGCUGCCUCUGAUCAUCGUCACAGUCACCAGUUGCCUCAUCCUCAUAGCGCUACUGAGGCAGAGGAAGAUAGUGACACCAGCGGUUAGUGAGACCGGGUCAAGCCGGUUCAGCAGGACAAGUAAAGACACAAGGAUCCAGUGGAGCACGAUAGCAGUACUGGCGGCCAUGGGAUUGUUCCAGGUGGACUGGACUAUUUACCUGAUCCUUCAUUUGGCUUUUAGGCCAUCUGACUUUCCAUUUUGGUCAGAAAUUCAGUUCUUUAUCACAACAUCAUAUAUAUCCAUCUCUCCAUAUGUGUAUGGAAUAGGGCAUAACAUGAUCUCUCUCAACAGCUGUAAAAAAAGGUGA